AGUCUGACUUAUGACCAACAUCAUCGUCGAGCAAUGUCCAGCUUCGACAAGACAGUCAAGCUAGCUUGCAAACCAAAGGCUGCCCCUCCAAAGGCAAAGUACCUAGAUCCUAUCAUUGCUGCUACUUGGUCAGAAGACGGCGCUGUCCAUGACGUUUGCAAAGCACUCGUUCCUCGCCUUCGCGAACCCAAUGCUAUAGUCGUGUUCAAGGCACUAAUCGUGCUCCAUACCAUGAUUCGCAAUGGUGCGACAGACAACGUCUUGUCUCAUCUAUCUUCUUCGGAAAUUCUUCGUCUGAGAAAUGUCUCUGCUGGUAACUGGGAAGGAUACAACGCUCCUCAGAAUCUCCAGCACUAUGCAAUUUAUUUGGACUCCCGCAUACGCGCAUAUCGUGAUUUGAAGCACGACGCAAUUCGUGUUCAGGCAGAGUCCAAUCGUGACAUGCGCGUCAAUAACUCUAUCGAAGAGGAUAUGGCAUACUCGAGUGCCCCGGCCCAAAAGUCAGCAUCCACCAAGUCUAGGGCUCCUCAAAGGAGCAAAACAAUCAUGGGAAGGAAAUUACGCGUCAUGACUGUGGACAAGGGCUUACUCAGGGAGACCAAGACCGUGCAAACAAUGAUAGACACUCUGGUAGAGUGCAGGUUCUAUCUCGAUGAUCUGGAAGAUGAAUUAACAAUAACUGCGCUACGCAUGCUUGUCAAGGAUUUACUCAUUCUUUUCCAGGCUGGCAAUGAAGGUGUCAUCAAUGUAUUAGAACACUAUUUCGAGAUGUCAAAGAUUGACGCUGAGCAGGCCCUCUCCAUAUAUCGUCAUUUCUGCACUCAGACAGAGCGAGUAGUGGAGUACUUGGGCGUCGCAAAGAAAUUGCAGAAUAUACUCAACGUUCCGAUCCCAACAUUGAAGCAUGCCCCUGUAUUAUUGGCGGGUGCACUUCAAGAAUACUUGAACGACCCCAAUUUUGAGCAGAACAGAAUUGAGUAUAGGACAAAUAAGGAAGCUGCCGACAGAAGCGGCAGAAGUCGCAGCGGGGCCCCAUCCUCGGCGCCUAAAGCCUCAUCAUCGCAAGCAAUCCCAUCCACAUCUACUGCAUCUACAUCCGCCCCAUUAAAUGGGCCAUCCACUCAAGCUUCAAAUCCCGCACCUAAGCCCGAAGCUACUCAGGCUAUGGUAGACUUCUUUGCUUCUGUCGAGGAAGAUCAGCCUACCAUGUUCAAUCCUACGAGUAGCAGCCCGACAUCCAACCACUUCCGUCAACAGCCAGCGCCUAAUCCUUUCGUUCAGCGACAAGUGACCGGGGCUUUUCAAGGCCAACCUUUCGGUUUCCCUGGUCAGAUUCAACCGCAAGCUACUGCUUUCUCUUCCCAGUCCUUCCAGUCAGUUCAGCCGAACUCCUUUGGUCAGCAACCGUCAUCCUCUCAACACCAACAUCGACCUUUCUCUACAUUCUUGCAACCACAAGCUACUGGCUUCGCAAUGCCACAAGGCGCAGGUUUCUUGCAGCCUCAAGCUACUGGUGCGAACCCAUUUAGACAAAGCAUGAUGCUGCUGCAGGGGACAGGCACGCCUGCUUUUAACUUUGGGUCAACAAAUGCAUUCUCGCCCCAAUCGCAGCCUGCUGGACAAACCAACCCACCGUUCCAGCUUACUUCCCACCCUCAACCAUCACAGGCGUCAUUCGCACAGUCCUCGAGCGGAUUUGCUAUGCAGCCACCUUCCACAAACACACAGUUUGGACAGAUUAAUGGGGCGCACACGUCAUUCGACGUCCCCACUCGACCUGCAUCGACUCCCCUCACAACUUUUGGCGCAAUGCAGGCGUCUUCAACCUCGCCGCCAGUAGCACAACCUGUCAAAUCUCACCAGACUGGCUCACGCAAUCCGUUCGGAGUGCCAACCACGCCAGCCCCACCAGUGCCAAAGCCACCAACACUGAUGGAGCUGGCCAUGGGUAUCGGAAGCUCGAACAAUAUUCCGCCCGCCGAUUUUGCACCACCUCAGACCCAACAGCCACAACAGACGGGCUUUUAUGGACCGCCAGGCGCGUUAGGUGGCGAGUCAUCGAUAUCGAGUGUUGCCUCGUCCUUUGCGUUCGGCCGAAAAUCAGAGGAUAGCAAAUUUGGGCCUAACGGUUCUGGAAUACUCAACCCCCAGAGCGCAUCCUCCACCGCGACUGCGCUGACUGCAUCAGAUUCUUCGUUUUCUUCUUUCUCGCCACUAUCUACGCAACCUACUGGUGCCACCAUCACCUCUUCCACUCCUUCCAUGUCGCCUUUAGGUGGCCAGUUAAAGCCCCAAAUGACCGGCUUCAGUGGUAUCAAGCCAUUUAAACCGACGUCAUCGUUUGGGGCAUCCUUGUUGGAAUCGCUACCUCCAAUACCACAGUCAAGUCCCACUACUCCUAGUGUCACUGGUACGCCCAGCAACAUCUCUUCUACAUCAGCUCCGAAUGGAGCAACUUCUGCUUUUGGCACUGGUGUUUCGAGCAUCGGGCAGCAGCCCACUGGUGUUGGUACCUUUAGUUCACAGCCAGAUACAAGGCCCACGCCUGGGGUCGGUCUCAGACCCCAGGCAACUGGUGGAGCCAAUCCUUUCAGGGCUACGAUGUAUGCUGCAUCUUCGCCAAAUGCCGGGGGUGGAUCUGGGCUGCCCACUAUGAACUCACUGCCACAGUUCGGUGGAUUCAACGGAUCCUCAUCCUUUGGAUCCAAUUACGGAAGGGGCGCUUUUGGAUAUCCUGGAGCCCAGGAUCCCUCACAGCAGCCUUUCCAGCAGCAAAGCGGGACCGCAUCGCUUAUUUAGUCUCGACCUGUCUCUCACUGUCUAAUUCACGCAUCUAUUUCUUUUCAAUUCUGUCUCUUAUCGCUAUCCCUCGCUCAAGUAUCCCACUAUCGUUUACGCUCACGGAUAUCACAUUGCCCGGACCUCCCAUUCACUUCUUCCUACCUGUCUUUUGUAUAAUCUAGUAGUCGAGCUUGUGCAAGCGUCUUGAAUACCAAUUUUUGCAGUACUAUGAGGACUCCACAAGUUGAGUCCCAAAGACCCCGAGCCACCGUGA